ACGUCAUCUCCUUGAGGCAUUGCGUGUCAACAUGGCGGCAUCCAUGGCAUCCCAGGCUGCAGCGAGAGGACUGAGGACGUCCAAACACAUACUUCUGGACAAGCUCAAGUGCACCUGGUCGAGUCCCAGGAGAUGGCUGAACCUGCAGGAGUACCAGAGCAAGAAGCUGAUGCAGGAGAGCGGCGUGGCAGUCCAGCGCUUCUACGUGGCCGGGACCGCCUCCGAAGCCCUGGAGGCCGCGAAGAGACUCAAUGCCAAGGAGAUUGUGCUGAAAGCUCAGAUUCUCGCUGGUGGCAGAGGCAAAGGUGUGUUCGACAGUGGCCUUAAAGGUGGAGUGCACUUAACUAAGGACCCUGCCGUUGUUGGUGAGUUGGCCAACAAGAUGCUGGGUUUCAACCUGACCACGAAGCAAACGCCCAAAGAUGGAGUCAAAGUCAAAACGGUGAUGGUCGCCGAGGCCUUGGACAUUAGCAGGGAGACUUAUUUCGCCAUCCUGAUGGACCGCUCCUGUAACGGCCCCGUCAUGGUGGGAAGCCCCCAGGGCGGCAUGGACAUCGAGGAAGUGGCUGCCAGCACCCCAGAGCUCAUCUUUAAGGAAGUCAUAGAUAUAUUUGAAGGCGUGCGGGACGAGCAGGCACUCCGCAUGGCAGCUAAUUUGGGUUUCAAAGGACCUCUGCAGAGACAGGCUGCAGAUCAGAUUAAGAGGCUCUAUGAUCUCUUCCUGAAAGUCGACGCCACUCAAGUCGAAGUCAAUCCUCUCGGCGAGACUCCCGAAGGACAAGUCGUUUGCUUCGACGCUAAGAUCAACUUUGACGACAACGCGGAGUUCCGGCAGAAGGCCGUGUUCGCCAUGGACGACAUGACUGAGAGCGACCCCACCGAGACGGAGGCGGCCAAGUGGGACCUCAAAUAUAUCGGCCUGGACGGAAACAUCGCCUGCUUCGUGAACGGCGCAGGUUUGGCCAUGGCCACGUGCGACAUCAUCGACCUGCACGGGGGGAAGCCCGCCAACUUCCUGGAUCUCGGGGGCGGAGUCAAAGAGCGGCAGGUGUACGAAGCUUUCAAGCUGCUCACCGCUGAUCCCAAGGUGGAAGCCAUCCUGGUCAACAUCUUCGGAGGCAUCGUGAACUGUGCCAUCAUUGCCAACGGGAUCACCAAAGCCUGCAGGGAGCUGGAGCUGAAGGUGCCGCUGGUGGUCCGGCUUGAAGGGACCAACGUGCACGAGGCGAAGAGGAUCCUGAGCGAGAGCGGCCUGCCCAUCACCGCCGCGGACAACCUGGACGACGCCGCCAAGAAGGCGGUGGCCGCCAUCAAGAAGUAGAAACGCUGCUGCCAUCCCAGCGAGCUCACUAACAUCUACUGCCGUCAGCCUUUCGACACACACAGACCUCCUCAAACCUCCGAGCUCGGCUCUCUCCAGCCUUUAACUUACGCAGCUCUUGCUUUGCCUGAUAAAGUGAAUCCAUAUCUGCGUGUCCGAGGAGGUCCAGCACCUCUCCGCAGCACAAAUUAGCUGCUCUUAAUUCCCCUAAUCCCUUUUUUUUUUUCUCCCCCGCUAUUAAAUUUUGAUAUAAUUGGGUAGGAAUCGCACACUACGGUGUGUUCUGAUUUUACAUAACACUGAUUCUGUUAUUGAACUUCAUAAAGGACUCGUGACCUCUCCCUCUCGUUUUGCAUUCCACUUUCAGCCUUUCCUCUUUGCAUAUUGUGACAUUUUUAUAGAAUAUGAGCCACCAAUCGUUUAGAAAUACAAGAAGACUUUAAGUCUGCCUCUGUGAAACCGUUGGACGGAAGCAGCUGAUGUCGGAUGCGUUUUCGUCCUCGUUCAAGCUGAGCGCAGAAGCCUCCCGCCAGUAUGAACACAGCCGCUCUGUGACGCCCUCCUGCCUCCUGCUCUAAUCUGCGCCCGAUGAAUGAGGGCUGGAGGGUUUUUGUAGAUGAUCGUCCUCAGUGGCAAUACUUUGUUACAAAAGGUGAAUCAAGAAGAGCUUUUUCUUUUCUUUUUUUUUUUUUUCUAAUAAUCAUGAAUGUA